AUGUCGAACAACAAUGUCAUCCUUCUCACGGGCGGUUCUAGCGGCAUCGGCCUUUUUGCCGUCAAAGAGCUGGUCAAGACCAGUCCCGGGGCCACUAUCGUCGUCGCUAGCAGAACACCGCCACCAAAUUCAUUCCCCGGCGUACACUUCCGCGCGCUCGACCUGUGCUCGGACAGUUCCGUCCGCGCCUUUGUCAAAUCGUACGAUUGCGGGCCCAUUUCGAGCCUCGUGCUGAAUGCGGGACUCUUUCCCUCCAAAGGGCCGACGUACACCGCUCCGGACACCCAAAGCAGGCGACACGAGACCGCUCUCGCCGCCUCGCACAUCGGCCACGCACUCCUGCUCUAUCUCCUUGCGGCGGACAAAGUCCUCCAGCCUCGAUGCAGGCUGAUCUUUGUCACAUCGGCACUGCACGACCCUCGAGCCCCGGGGGCGCCAGCGGCGCCGUACUGGACUUCGCCCGAAGCGGCGGAUUCUGCCACGGACAAGAGGCUGGCCAGUGGCGCGGUGCGAUACGCCAACGCCAAGUUGGCUGUCGUCCUCUUUGCCAAUGCUCUGGCGAGGAAAACAAAGGAGAGCAAACAAUGGGAGAUCCUCAUUUUCGAGCCUGGGUUCUCGCCGGGUGGCGGGUCGAAACUAGACAGGGGUAAGAGCUGA